AUGUCUUUCUUCAAUUCGAUUGGGCGUUCUAUGACUCGCAAUGCCCCGAGGGGGCCUAAAAGAUCCCCAACGCCGACAUCUGCAACGUUUCCCCCAGCUGACCCGCAUCCCCCGAACCCUGUUUCCCCUGCCCCGGUCUCACGGCCUUUGUAUCUGGCAAGUCCUUUCGUCGAGGCAACACUUGUGAAGGGCCAAUUCAAGACGAUCGUUAUGCUGCCGAAAUAUGUGGAUAUAAUGGAAUGGGUAGCUGUGAAUAUGUUCGACUUCUACACGAACAUAAACGAAUUCUAUGGCGUUAUUGCUGAGUGCUGUACACAACAGACUUGUCCUACGAUGUCUGCCGGCCCUAGCUUGAACUAUACAUGGAUCAACAAUGAUCGCAAAAGUGUCAACCUCCCUGCGCCUACUUACAUCGACUAUGUCAUGACAUGGGUUCAGAAUCUCUUGGAUGAUGAAAAUACAUUCCCCACGAAGUCAGGCCGUGACUUCCCCCAAUCCUUCCCGUCGACCAUUAAGCACGUCUAUCGCCAGCUUCUUAGAGUCAUUGCGCACAUAUAUCACGCCCAUUAUCCCCAGAUACUACACCUCAGGUCUGAGCCCCACUUCAACUCUCUGUUUGCACACUUCCUAGCCUUCGGGCGUGAAUACGAGCUACUCGAAGUGAAGGACUUGAAAGGAUCGGCAUCCGCACCCGUCGGCAUAGGCGCACUAUGGGAACGCUGGAAGGAAAUGGGCAUUCUAGAAGGUUAA